AUGUCCGUCCUUACUCCCGCGGGCAGCUUCUUCCACCCAAGCCGACUUCUGAAGUUGCAGGAGCCGGUUGAAAUCGAGGCAGCUACGCCCAAGCCUGUGCACCGCAUUGUUAGCGGAAGCAACGCUGAGGUGCUAGGCGCGCGCCAGGCACAAGGCCACGGAGCGUACUUCACAGGCGAUUCGACAGGACGCCCAGAAGCUACGCUAUCGUCGAGUAGCUCUGACCAGUCUGGGCCCCCAAUGAUUGGGUCACAGUUUACCUACGACAACAUCCGUUCAGGUGGCAGUAUGUUUAAUCAGAGACCGCUGCCAGACCGUGCCGCUCGGCUCUUCCAAUGCCUCUUCCACAGCAACGAUCCCGAUCUCCUUGAGUACCUCUCGCGCCGUCACAUCAGCGUCCGAUUCUUACAUGAAAUUGACCAGCUCCUCCGGAACAAUCCAGAGCUCUACCGCUACUCGCCUGAGUGGGCGAAUUACUUUAAUUCCUGCCGCCCGCUCGAUGCGUACAAGUUCUUCCUCAAGGGCUACACGAAGCCUGCACGCUACAUCGAUGGCUACCUCCCGCAUGUGCAACUCUUCACAAUUCCACAAUGCUACAUUCCUGCGAGACUAGACAUCACCUUUGACGAGGAGCUGGUCGAGUUCUUUGAGGGGGUACCGUACCGUCAUGACAUUCUGCAAGAGAUCGAUCGAAUCGUCGACGCUCUUUGCUACCAAAUCCAGUGCGGCAUGUUUGUCAAGUUUGCCGACCGCAAGCUCGUGGCGUAUGCCCUUUGGGGAAACCCAAUCGACGCAUACAAGUAUUUCGAGUACAACUACCAGACCACUUGGCUCAAGCACCGGUACCUGCCGGAGCACAUUGAGCUUGACAAGGUCCCCAAAGGCAUUGACUACACUCUUCCAGUCCCUUCAGUCAUGGGUUCGGAUGAGGGCCAUCGCUCUCAUCGGAUGACCAGGUUGCGGAUGGCCAGAGCCCAAGACAACGGAGUCGAUGUUUUGGAUGUCUUGAUUCGGGAAUUUGUGCAUGAGCUCGCACUCAAGGGCCAUCGGCGCGACCAUAUUGAGAGGAUGAAACGCAAGGCUCAACAAGCUCUUGAUGAAGAACGUAACGAUCCUCAGGGCCACGAUAUCGUUGACAUGGUCAUGGAAAUGGCCGAUUCCCAACCUCGCGUACAGAAGCCUGUUCACAACAACGCUGCGGCCCCGACGCUGACGGUACACGGUUACGGCCCGCCUGUCAGGUACACUAUGACACGUGGAGGUCUCUUCACGAUACCAGGUGAUGGCUUCUUGGACGCCGAUACUGUCAGUCAGUUUCAUGAAGAUGCAAAUAUCCAAAUCAAGAUCGAGCCUCAAACGCCAUUGAUUCAAGAGAAGAAGCAGAAAAAGGCAGAUAAGCCACAGCAGCACAAUGCACAGCCCGUACAACAAACAGCCGAGAUGAUGGAGAUGCUGAAUCAGCGCAAGAAGGCUUACAUGGCUUCGAGGACCCGCCUCAGAAACAACCUGGCUGCGGGGAACCCGAAAGAUCAACAGGCCGUUAGGGAUCGUAUCGCGGCCGGGCGCGAAUUCGCGAGCCGCAUUCUAUCACUGAACAAGAGAACCAAACAGCUGAAUGCGAAAAGCGUCGACUACCUGAGAAAGAUGGCGGUAGUCGGCUACGAGACGCAGCCUAACCUACACGGCCUCUUAUCACGAUUCGGAAACUUGAUCGCAUGA